UGCAAAAUUAAGUAAUAUGUAAUUUUUAAAAAAAAAAAUGGUUGUACUUAACUGCAAAGAAAAACCGCCAUUAAUAAAGAGAGAGAGAGAGCUCCAGCUUCAAACGCUCCCGCUCAUGGCUCAACUUCAUGUCUACGAAACCCUUCUCCAAAAGUGCAAAGCUUUGUCCCAGAUCAAACAGCUACAAGCACACCUCACCGUCGCCGGCGUCCUCCCUGACGUCGCCGGCAUCCGCGUCAAGCUCCUCGAGGUUUGCUCCCUUCCUCCCAUCUCCGCUGUUCACCACUCCCAGCUUCUUUUCUCUCACACCUCCUCCCGCACCACCAACGACUACAAUGCUCUCCUUCGUGGCUUCGCCGCUUCAGACGAGCCACUCCAAGCUCUCACUUUUUACCCUCUCCUCCUCCGUUCUCCUUCCCGCCCCGAUGCUCUGUCCCUCUCCUUCGCUCUCAAGGCGUCCGCGCGCCUCUCCGACUUCCCUUCCUCUUUCCAGCUCCAUUCUCAGCUUCUCCGAUUGGGCUUCACUCCUGACUCCAUUCUUUUGACGACUCUUAUAGAUUCCUAUGCGAAAUCAGGUGAGUUGCAGUACGCGGAGAAGGUGUUCGACGAAAUGCCUAAGAGAGACGCCGCGACCUGGAAUGUCAUGAUUGCUGGCCUCGUCCAAGGCGGUCGACCGAACGACGCGUUCAAGUUGUUUGAGCAAAUAUGCCACCCGGGAUCACCUGCCCGCCCGAAUGAAGUCACUGUGAUUGCCGCACUGUCUGCGUGUGCGCAGCUUGGUGCACCGCGUGAAGGUGCUGUCGUUCAUUCAUAUGCGCGCGCGCAGCAUCUUGAUGCGGACGUGCGCGUGCACAACGCUCUCAUAGAUAUGUACUCCAAGUGUGGCUGUGUUGAUCAAGCUGUUGAAGUCUUUCGUUCCAUUGAAAUGCCCACGCUUGUGUCUUAUAAUGCCAUGAUCAUGGCACUUGCUUUGCAUGGACAUGGCACAGAGGCAUUCUACCUGUUCAAAGAGAUGGUGAAGCCCGGGGCAAAUGAAAUUGAGCCAGAUGCAGUGACAUACUUAGCUGUUUUAUCGGGAUGUAAUCAUGCCGGACUUGUAAACGAAGGCCUUGAGAUAUUCAUGUCAAUGAAGAUAAGCCGAACUAUCAAACACUAUGGAUGCAUUGUGGACUUGUUAGGCAGGGCAGGACGGUUAUCAGAAGCCUAUAAUGUGAUAACAUCAAUGCCUCUGGAACCAGAUAUUGUAUUGUGGCAGACUUUGCUAGGUGCAUCCAAGACUUUCGGUGAUGUUAACAUGGCUGAACUUGUAUCAAAGAAGUUGGCAGAGAUGGGUUCGAAUGGAGAUGGAGACUAUGUGCUAUUGUCUAAUGUGUAUGCUGCAAAGGAGAGGUGGGCUGAAGUUGGGAGGGUGAGGGAGGAGAUGAGGAGUAAAGACGUGAGGAAGGUCCCGGGAUUCAGUUUUGUCGAAUUGGAUGGAGUGGUACAUAAGUUCUUGAAUGGAGAUAAAGGACAUGAAAGGUGGAGGGAGAUCUAUAGAAUGUUGGAUGAGAUCAGUGUGAAAAUUAAAGUGUUUGGAUAUGUGCCAGAGACGAGUAAUGUGUUACAUGAUAUAGGCGAAGAGGAUAAAGAGAACGCGCUAUACUAUCAUAGCGAGAAGUUGGCCAUGGCCUUCGGUUUGAUUAAUACACAGGACGGUGAGACAAUUCAAGUGAUUAAGAAUCUCAGGAUUUGUGGUGACUGUCAUUUGGUGGCCAAGCUUAUUUCCAAGGCUUAUGAUAGGGUGAUCAUUGUGAGGGAUCGAGCUAGAUUUCAUCGAUUUGAAGGAGGUGCUUGUUCAUGUAACGAUUACUGGUAAUUAGUGCGCUCUUGGAGAUUCAUAUAGAAUCAUUGUUGAUGCAUGUAUAUCAACUGCUUGGCGAAAGUUGAACAUGUAUAUUAGAAGCCAAGUUUUUGUAGGCCGCAAGAUUGAAAUUCAGGAAUUGACUGUGAAGAUGUAUGUCAGAAGCCAAGAUGUUGUAGCCUGUAAGAUUGAAAUUCAGGAACAGACUGUGAAUUGGAUGGCAAGGAAAAGGAGAACAUAAUACCUUGCAUUAAAUAUCAAAGAACUUGAAUGCAAAAGAACAACAAAUUUAGGUUGUCAACCAUUUGCUCAAUAUUAACUCCAUCUGUUCUGCUCUGUCAUUUUUGGUUUCUUCACCCCAUUGUAUAUACUUGAUAUUGCAUUUGAUUGGCAUAUGUUAUUCUUGGGGGGAUUUCUCCGAAAUUUAUCCAAUUAACCUAAAUUCUGUAA